GGCGGGGAUGAAUUAAGUGCAGCAUCGUACCUACGCAACGCAGUGCGUUGGCAAGAAUUCCAUGUCCAACAUGGAGGAUUUGUUUUUGUUUUCUCCACGGUCGCUCCGCUGCGAGUAGCCCCCUUUGCGACUGGAAGUGGAUGUGCUAACCACCACCAAGUGCGCCUUCGCCCCAUAGAUCCGUCGAAGCACUCCCGUUACCUUUGUUGUACGAGUUGGCAAACCCGAACCGAACGAUAGAACGAUGUUUACAAAAAAGGCCAAUAUCGAUUUGAAAAAGUCGACGCAGAAAAUUCAGGAUAGCAAGAAAGAUUCCGCUGCCCGCCUGCGACACCUGAAAACCAUACUAGAACACGUGGACAGCGAAGAGGCGAAAAAUCUGUUCGAGGCAAACUACAGCCACGUUUACUACAUCCUCUACGAUACCUUCGUCCAGGCUGAAGCGAACCUCAAGCAGCGCGAACUGUCCUUCCAUCUUGUCCACAAAACACACCGCGAAGAACUGGAUGGAUCCUUAUGGCUACUCAGCAAAAUACUAUGCCUGCUUCCCGAGCUGGUACAACGCCGCUGGCAAUGUCACUCGCUGGGCCGGAUCCUGGCUAAGCUGCUCCAUUAUGGCAACAGUGUGAAGCUGCGGCGCGAAGGCGUCAAGUACUUCCUGCUCUGGUACCAAGCGCUCGGUGACAAUGCGCCCCCGUUUGUGCACGGCAUGUUCACGGAGCUGGUGCCGGGAUUGUCGGUUCCGCAGCGCGGCAUCAAAAGCUCCUCCGUGGGACCGCUACCGUCCGAUAGUGACUUCAUCGCGACGGAUCUGCUGAACCACCCGAACCUAAAGGGUGAACUUGGCGGUUCGGUGUUCCACGACACUACCGCAACGCACCCGGUUAAAUCGCCUGAAAUUCAGCCCCUCAUUCCACCGAGCUCGAGCGAACGGACGGCGGCUCCGGAUCCGCGUGAUGGGCUGGAAAUUCUGCUCGACUGCAUGGUGCAGUCCUGUGGUUGCCUGAAGUGGCGCGACAGCAGCCCCCAGCGUCACAUUCGCACGUUUGCGUUCCUGCUGACAAAGUUCCGCGAACAGUACCUGCCCGUGUUCUGCCCGGCGUUCGACUAUACCACGUCCGUGUACGACCCGAAGCUCGAUCUGCCCGUUCUGCGGAGCGUCUCGAAACGGGAGGAAGUGAUGAGCUCCUGUGUGGUCGUGCUCGUCAUCUGGAUCGCGAAGUAUACCCACGAACGGCACGUGAACAGCAAGCUAGAGAUUCUCUCGAUUGAGGACGAACCGGGCGUGGGAACUGAUCGGUCGCUGGAUCAUGCAAGUCUGCUUUCGAACCUGCGCCACAUGGGCUACACGCAGACACAGCUCGUCCGGGACGUGCUCUACUCGAGCCGGGAGACGGUCAACUUUGUGCACGAGAUCUAUCGGCAGGCCUUCCUGAUGGCGUUCACCUCCAAGUCGCAGAUUGAGGCCAUGCGCAUAGCGAUCUCGGUGUAUCGCGACUGGAUGAGCAGCAUCCCGCCGCCUCCAUUUCUUCUCGAGCCGGAACUCGAACUACAGCAGGCGGUUGGGGGAGCUCCUGGAGCGCCUAAUGCGUCCCCCGUUGGCAUCACGAACGACUCGGGGGGAACCGGUAGUCGCCCGGGAAGCCAAAGAUUGCGAACCGAUUCUUACCUCGGUGCAAUGAUGCCUACAACGAAAGAGAACGCCGGUUCCAUACGGGCCGGACUGCAGAACGUGCUCCAAGUGUUCGUAACAAACGCGGUCAACGUGUUUAUGGUAAACACGGCCCAUCUGAACUUGCAUUUCCAGUCGAAAACAAACGCGGACGGCUUUGCGACCCCACUGGACGAGCAGACGGAUAUUUGCAAGCGCGUGCUCAACAUCUACCGCACGAUGGUGAUGAAGACGCGCAUGGAACCGAAGACCUGGGAGCAGCUGCUGCUUGUCCUCCUCCAGGUGACCUCAGUGAUCCUCCAAAACUCGCCACCGAACGCGAAACGGAAUAAUCUCGGCGGACGGCUCGCGCAGCCCAUCUUUCAAACGCUCAUCGUGACGUGGAUCCGGGCGCACACGAACGUCCCCGUCAACGGGGGGUUGUGGGACAAGUUCCUGAAGGUGCUCUCAUCACUGACGCACCGGGAGGAACUCAUUGUCGAGUGGGACAAAACGAUGCAAACGCUGACACGUGUCCUCGCUCGGCAGGUGUACAAUAUAAACCUUUCCGACCUGCCACUCGAUCGGCUGGCGGAAGCAAAAGGAAAGCGCAAGCGUGGCACACCUUCUAACUGGGCCUCCAGUGACGGAGGACGUAGUGUUGCAGUAGGAGGUGGUGGUGCUGGUGAAAAGCUACCCGGAACCGCCCAGCACGAUAUUACGUUUACGAACGGGAAUAACAUGACGACUGCUGGGGAUGGUUCGGGGCCUGCUUCGGGUGCUACCGGAACGGGUUCCAUCGGAAACGGGGCAACGGGAGGUGGUGCCAAUGGGUUUAACAAGCGGGGCAGCAAUUCCCUGGUCGACGAAGGACCCGGCGGUCGAUCAUCGGUCGGAAUGCGGCUUUCGGGCAACCGAAGCAUUCCAGGCACGCCCUCCCUCAACCGAAGCUACAGUGAGGGAAGUCUUGUGUCGGCUCCGUUCCGAAAGUCACGCGCCCGUCGCCGGCUGCGAAUCGCGCUGGCCGGAGGCCAUGCAGCAUCAGCACGCGAGCAACACGACUUGGCCUCGACCGCGGUCUCGGCAGCGGCUGAUCAAUCGUUCUCCCGCAUGCUCUCCAAUACGUCCAACACAUUCCUGAGCAUUAGCAGCGAAAAUCUCGAAAUGGCUUCCUUUUCCGAGUGUCACGACACGGAAGGUGGAGGUGCAGUGGGAGUAGGUAGUGGUGGUGGUAAUGGUGUUCGACGUGCAGUAUCACUCGAUUCCGUCCGUCCUCCGGGUGGAUCGGCGAAGAAACAUUCAGAUCACGAUGGCUACCAUCAUCAUAGAGGUGGAGCGGUUUGCGGUGGAGCUGGCGGGUCAAGAAGUCCUUCCCCGACGGCAUCGAGCGGCAUCGAAAGUGGCUCGAUUAAGGAUUCCCCGAUGCAGAUUGCCGACGCACUGACUGCGGACAGUUCCAGCAUCGACACGCAGGACGAUCCGCAGUCCUUCGGUGGAUCCUCUUCGUCGAUGGCUACGACCUCCGAUCGUCGCUCGAUUCUUGCGGGGGGAACGGCGCGUGGCUGGUUGCCGGAUGUUGCUGCCGUCAUGUGGCGACGUAUGCUCGGUGCGCUGGGGGAUGUGAACAAGAUUCUCAACCCGAAACUGCACGCCCAGGUGUACCAGUAUCUGGUCAGCAUGACGGAGAGCUUGAUAAAAAUACGUAUGAAUCAGGGCAUUUCUCUGGACGGUGGUGCUGGAACGCACAGUUCGUCCGCUGCUAACCUUGUUCCACCCAUCGCUCUGGUGGCCCCUUGGUGCUACGGAGCCCUCGCCCUAGACGCUCAGUAUGCGCAGGGAAAGCUGUACGCCAUGCAGCUUCUCUGUACGAUCGUGCAAAGUGGUGCCAGCUUGGGCAACCACCAACUCCCUCUGUUCUACCAUGCCCUCCAUCAGGCCCUCUCGGGAGAAGAUCGAGCAAUGGCGUACACGGCUCUCCGAUACCUCGGUGGGCCGAGGUUCCUGAGUUUACUCCUCCCGGGACAUACUCUGCUGCUGCUAGAUUUAGUGCAUGCUGCCACCGUGGUGCUUACUUCUUCAGAAACGGGUCCCAAUGCACCCCGUGCGCAAGUUGCCGGAUUACUCGGAUCGCUCCUUUGCUUCCCACGGACCUCACUGCCCGGUCCGGUGCUUCAACCUUCCGAGUCACACAUCGAUCUGAUGGAAUGUUCCGAUCUGCAGGAGCACGUACUGAACGUGGUGUUACGCUGUGCACGCCGUGAACCGACCGCGAAGGCACGCUGCAUCGCAAUCGCGUCGCUCGGCCAAUGGAUCCUCCAGAAUCUCACCAACCCAGCGGCGUCGGCGGCGACGGCGUCGAGCGGGGAAUCGGGAGGAUUCAAGCAAAAAGUUCCGCAUCAUUCCAGUGAACAAGCGCAGGCGGGACAUGCAUCUCCGUCUACGACCACAUCGACGACGGCGACGGUCAAUCCACGUAUUCGUGAAGCAUUCCAGGUGCUGCUGCAGGCAUUACAGUUCAAGCAUCACACCAUCGCACGGCUGGCUUCGGAAACGCUAAAGCUGUGCGCCGAGCAGGGAGCCCGCAUCGAGCAAAUCGACCGUCUGCCGCAGCUCAUUCUCGACACGGUGUGCCUCUCGCUCGACAUUCACAACGUGCACCAUCCGAAAGAGUCGGACAAGACGGUCCUCACGUCGCUACUGCUGACGCUCGGCGAGCUGUGCAUGUCGUUCUCGGUGGCGACUCUGCAGCGACCCAAGCACCAUGAUGCGGCUUCCGAGCCGCUCAUACUAACCGUGUUUCGUAUACUGCACAAAAUCGCCACCGGUCUGCAGAACGGUGAGCGCAUCAAGCUGUUUACCACCGACGAAGACUUUGACAUGACCAUCGCGGUGGACGAUGUGCGUGAGAGUGGCGCCGGUGGAGACUCGGCGACGGGCUACUCGACGAUGGAGUCGAUUACCAACUGCCAGUCGGCCAUUCGGCUCUGUGCGAAGACGGUCGCGAUGCAUCUCAUCACCAACAUUGGCCACUUUCCGAUGGGAAUAGGAGCGACACGGCUAAGUUCACUGGUGGAUGAGCAGGACGAUCUGCUUCUCUCGUCGACAGGCAGCACGAUGACGGCAAGUGGCGGCCAGUCAGCGCCUACCGGUGGUGGGGGUGGUACUCUGCUGCAGCGUGAAAAUUCCAUCGCAGGCAACCGGGUCGAUACGAUGGAACACGUACUGGCUUCGCCGAACGUGCAACUGCUGAUGCUAAGCCCCGAGCUGGUGGCCAGUUUCAUCGAGCUACCGGCACUCCGGCUACCGGGUGGCGGAGCCACGGCUGGUCUUCUCACCGCCAACAGACAGGUUCGGUUGCUGCUGCGUGAUUUGAACGGCAAAGCCUGCUGGGAUGCGUCGAUACUGUACAAAGAACCGUCGACACCACCGUUGCCAGCCUCCUCGGCGCCUGCCGAGUUCGAAAGGAAUACAUUCCACUCCAGUGUUGCACCCGUGGGCAGUUCGAGGCAUUAUGCUAACUCGACCGGAUUGACACAAUCGGGUGUACUUGGGACGGGGUCAGGACCAAGUGGAAAUGCCGGCUUGAUGAUGACCCCGAGACAUUUUGCCAGUGGUAGCGCCUCGAUAGAUCCACUCAUGUCUACUGCUAUUGGGUUGCCGAUGACGCACGGACCACGGCACACGUUAAGACACCGGCCGGUACAUCAGCUACCGGUUGCCAAAGAUCUAGCACCCGAUCUAGACCAGCUGGAUGAUUUACUGCAAUACAUCGGGUACACUAGCCCGGAGUGCUUGGAUAGUUCGGAGGUGCCACUGAACACCGCUGGCCCGAGCCCCUUAGGAGCUGCCCUGGAAGGUCAAACCAUCUCCAUCAUACUGAACCAACGGACGAUCGAAGCGGAAGCAGUUGCUCGACAAAAUGCAUUGACAAACAGCGGUGGUCAACAGCUUCCGGGCAUGGAUCAGUCUACGUCGUUCUCCUCCAGCGGAUCCAGCUCGUUCCCGCUGGGAGGCAGUAGUGGCUAUGGAAGUGGAUACUCAACCACACACUCAUACUCUGAGGAACCGGCCGGAAGCAAUAGUAUUGUUCGAGCGCCGGUGGCGCCACCCGAACGAUCUACCAACGAGGGUACGACGACUAAACCGUUCCAACUCGGACGCAUUCUGUUCAACCAGCUCGGACUCGCCGGCUGGGAGCGACGCAAGCGGACACACCUACUCCAGCGCAUCGACAAGCUGCUGCGCGAGCUACGCAAUCUCGACAAUCAGAAGUGUCGCGAAACGCACAAAAUGGCCGUGAUCUACGUCGCCAACGGGCAGGAGGACAAGGGCAGUAUCCUGCGCAACUCGUGUGGCAGCAGCACUUACGAGAUGUUCGUGUCCGCCCUCGGCUGGGAGGUCGAGCUGGAGUCGCACAACGGCUUCCUCGGUGGACUACCGCGCCAGGGCUGCGGACAGACGGCACCGUACUAUGCGACGCCCUUCCUCGAGGUGAUUUACCACGUUUCGACACGCAUGCCGUCCGACACGCCGGAGGCGAUUCUAAACAAAACGCGUCACCUGGGUAACGACGAGGUGCACAUCGUUUGGAGCGAGCACAACCGCGACUACCGUCGGGACAUCCUUCCGACUGAGUUCUGUGACGUGCUGAUCGUAAUCUACCCGCUCAAGAGCGGCCUCUUCCGGGUAACUGUGAACAAGAAGCCGGACGUGCCGUGGUUUGGUCCGCUCUCGGAUGAGACGGUCGUUGGCGGUGCCUGUCUAGCCAGUUUGGUGCGCGCUUCGGCGAUCAAUGCGAGCCGUGCGAAACGAAGCUCAUUGCCACUGUAUCAGCAGUAUUACGAGGAACGCAACCGUUCGAUCGAUACCGUCGCUUUGCGUCAUCGCGAAAACAGUACGUUCGAAGAUUUUACCGCCCGAAUCUUCAGCCCGAUCGCGUCCCAGAGUAUGGUAGGUGUUGGUGUUGGAGGAGUAGGAGGAGGUGGCGGAGGGUCGAUGGCGUCCGGCACGAACGCACCGGCGCCACUGGCAGCAGCCUUAAUAGACCAUCAUAGUCGUGGGCCAUCGAAAACAUGGAUACACCACCCAGAAAUGGUGGCCACGGCCCGUGAAGUAACGCAGCAGACACUCGCAUCCGGUGGCGGCUCACUCGAUCAACCCUCCCCGAGGCCACUUCGCAAACUGCAUCAUCCGUUCAAGGCGGCACCGAAAAGCAAAUCGAACCAGCACGUCCCGUCGCUCGGUGGACUGGUAGGAGUACCGCUGGCUGCUGGGGGUGGUGGUUCCACCAUGGCAAUGCAGCCCGGUCACACGUCCCAAGGUACACCGCCGGAAAGCCCAACCCUUCCGGGGCGUAAGAUCAAAUGAGAUUGGUGGUAGCUUCGGGCUACCACGAUCGGACUUUCUCUACACCAACCAUCACCGAAUCGUCCUCAUCAUCAAAUGGCCUCCCAGUCUGCCACCAUUACCCACACCACCACUACCAAAACAACCACCACCGUUGCCAUCAAGGCUAGCAAUAAUAAGUAUAAAAGUGACGAUAAUAAUAACAAUACUAUGGGUGGUAGCAACUUGGACGAAGAAAGGACGCCCAAUCGGUUGCUGCCCUCCAUUCCGAUACCAUUAAUUGAUCAACGGUACGAUGUGACGGUGGUGGCUACUAUAACGGCUUGUUUUUGUGGAAAAUGAGAUCUGCGCUCGGUGUUGAGCACCAUUGAACAGACUUGGGACAAGUGAGGAGAAUUACUUUAUUUUUAUUUUUCCCGACAAUUUUUUCUGACGAAUAAUGGCACGAGAGGCGUUGCACUCGGAGGUAUUCGAAUGCUUUAUUUUUCCUUCACAACGACGCUGGACAGUGUUCGUGGGAGGAGGGAGACAUUAAAUAGUAAGUUUAACCGUAACAAAACACUUAGCUUUAACAAACUCGUAGAUAGACCUAGAAGGUGUCCACAGAGAAAGGGGGUAGGUUGACUGCCCCAUCCCCACGCCGGAAUUGGGGGACGAAGAAAAGGAUCGUUUAAUAUAUACACAAACACACACACUUACACAAGCAGACAAUUAUAUAUUUAUUUAUAUUAACAUUAUUAACAAAGCAACUUGGUAGGUAGGAUUGAAACAUUUGACAUGAGCGCGAAUCAAAAUCGUGCAGGAAAGGAACAAGGGGAACGUUAGGGAAUCCGACGGUUGAUCCGACAAGGACUAACCAGAGUUUUGAUAAUGCCAUCGAAACGAUGGAGUUGAAGAACAGGAAAUGCGUCCAUUAUCGAUAGUGUAGCUACUACCGCUGAUAGGUAUUAAUUUGUUACUUUUUUAUAUUAUUACAGUUUGUAAUGUCAA